GUGAUUUAGUGUGUUUCCGCCCUGUGAAUUUACCUUUUUUUAAUCGCUUUUGGGGUCGAGGUAUUUGUUUAUAUUUGACGUGUACGCUCGUGAGCAUUUAAAAUCUUGUUUUUUUCUAAUUAGUUUGUCUUCUAAACAAUGACUUGUGAACUUUGAGAGCUUCGUGUACAAAAAUCUUCACCCCCAUCUCCAGUUGAAGCAAGAAAAUGGAAAGGACAUGGAAGAAACUGAAGACUCUGAGCGAUGACCUGCAUGAUCCAAAGGAAACUGGUGAGGAACAGAAGAGGGUCAUCGGUCCUCCUCAACCACUGCCAAUGAAGACAGCAAGGUGGAAACCAAGGGCUAUGUGCAGUAUAACCUGUUUGGCACCAUGCAGGUGGAGAACAUCAUCGAGUCGUAGUGCAGCAUUGUCGAUGUCUUCAGGUGGAGCAACAUGGAGAAGAUCCUGCAGAUGCCACCACAGUCCUCUGAAGCUGCACUGAACUGGAGAACAUUGCUAAAAACGGCCAUGGCCCAGUGGGGGAAAGUGGCAGAGCAGGCCCUUAAGGAGGAGAAGGCAGUCACUCCCACCCAACAGAAGAGCAUUAACAUCUACAGCACUGCACUGUGGGCCUGGACUGGAGCCGGGAUCUGGAAUUCACAGUUGAACUCUGGGUCAAGAUGCGAACAGUAUAACAUCUUACCAGGACAUCAUGGACUGCCUGAAGAUGGUCAUCUCUGCUGUUACGUGGCCAGGUCAAGCCAUGGGUGCACAGGAACAUCAGCAACUCUGGGCCUGCUCAUCCUGCAGUCGUAUAAGCAGGAGAUGGAGGAGGGGAGCCUGUCGAGCCUGGCCCCCGUACACAUGGUGCUGCAGAUGGAACCUGGACAAGAUGAGAAAAAACUACAUCAACUACCUCAUAGGUCAGCACUGCCCCACACAGGGCCAUGCCACAUGACUCAUGCAUGUGUUUGUGUGUCUGUCUGUCUCUUUGACUUUCUGACUAUCUGCUGUCUGGACAAGAAAGGAGUUGACCACUAAUUAUUUGCUGAUCGUGCUUGAGGUACUACAAAACCUGCCCUUAUGAUUAGGAACACGUCUUUCAGAUGGAAAUCAGACCUGUUGUGAUCAGCAGCUUCUACCAAAAGGCUUGUGAGAGGUGUGGACGUCCUUCCAUCUCAGCAGCCAGCCUCUGGCGAAUCAUGUGACCUUACACCUCAGGUGUAAUUAGAGGAGCAGUGCGACGGCAAGAAAGAGCUGCACCAUGAAUGGCCUGGCCCAAAGCCUGUCCAGCUGCUGACAACCUUGGCUGCACCCUGGACAUGUCAUCCAUCAGCCACCCUCCCACUAACAUUCUUUUGUUUAGUAUUAGAACGUGGUAUCUAUUUUGUAAUGAUAGACUUGACAUAGUCCUGUGGGAAUAUAGAAAGCACUUCUGUGAGUCCAUCACGGAAAACACUUCCGGUUCCUCAAACAUCCGUGUCCAUUCCAUGGAAUUAUGUGAGAUCAGGUGUGUGUGUGUGUGUGUGUGUGUGUGUGUGUGUGUGUGUGUGUGUGUGUGUGUGUGUGUGUGUGUGUGUGUGUGUGUGUGUGUGUGUGUGUGUGUGUGUGUGUGUGUGUGUGUGUGUGUUUGUCAUAAGUCACCUUUUCCUUGUAAUUAGACUGAUAUUAUUUGCUGUAUUUUUAUUAAUACUCUGCACUAUACAGCAACACUGGAUGGAUAGAUUUUAGGACACUAUGAUCCACCCCAAGUUAUUUCAUCUGAACACUUUUGCACCUUGUUGGUUUACUGUGCACUGUACAGUAGUGUGGAUGACUUUUUUUCCCCUUGCAAUAUUGGAAUUUGUGUAUUUGUGUUCA